AUGAGUCCCAAGCUGAGAAUUGCGGUACAAGGGUGUGCACAUGGUGAAUUGGGUCAAAUUUAUGAGUCGUUAAAUCGUUUUUCCCGAGGUCAAUUACCUGACCUUUUGAUUAUUUUAGGUGAUUUCCAAUCGCUGCGAAGCGAUGAGGACCUAAACUCGAUAUCGGUGCCCAAGAAAUACGCCAAAUUGGGUGAUUUCCCGGCGUAUUUCCGUGGUGAGAAAGAGGUACCUUUGCCCACUAUUUUUAUUGGUGGGAACCAUGAAUGUAUGCAAUAUUUGAUGGAGCUACCGUUUGGAGGAUAUGUGGCCAAGAAUAUCUAUUACAUGGGAUUCAGCGGAGCCAUUGUUGUCCAAGGAAUAAGGAUCUCUGGCCUCAGUGGGAUCUUCAAGCGUCAUGAUUUUUAUCGUUCCAGACCGUCGAUGUCGCAGAUUGAGGCCGACGGCUGGCAAACACAUGUUAAAUCGCUCUAUCAUGUGCGCGAAUCGGACAUGAUACCACUGUUCAUGCAAUCUCGUAUUGACGUGAUGCUCAGUCAUGAUUGGCCCGUUGGAGCAGCAAGAGCGGGCAAUUUGAAGCUACUUUUGUCCAAAAAGCCCUUUUUCCGUCAAGACGUCGAAAAUGGGAAAUUGGGUAACCCAUUUAGUUGGCAAUUGCUCAAAUUGCAGUUUCCUGCUUGGUGGCUAAGUGCGCAUUUGCAUGUAUACUACAAGGCUACAAUUUCUGAUAACAAGCGGUCUCGAGACGAUAACCACGCGAAUCCUGAUGAAAUUAGUCUUGAUCUGGAUGACGAGCCAGAAGACAGUGUUCCUAGCGAAAAGUGCGAACCGCCUCGGCGCACGAAUUUCCUUGCCUUAGAUAAAUGCGGGAAGGGACGCAGACACAUGGAAAUUAUAGAAGUUGAAAUGGAUUUGAAGCAUCCUACUUACAACAGCGACCGAAUUGAUAUUUAUAUCGAUCCAGAAUUCGUCUCUUCUGUGCGAUACUUGCAAUCUAACCCACCCAAUAGGGGUUUAGGCGACCUUGAUGUCGUCAAGCUGCUUCAGAAUAGGCCACCGAUGAGCAAUGUCGACUGGAGUGUGUUCGCAACAAAACCCAUGAAUGGACAAUCAGCAGAGGAGCAAACUCGCCAAUUGGGCUCUCUUUACAAGGUAAAUAAGGACGUGAAUGUAUAA